AUGGCUUUCGGCUACAAGACGGUGCUGCUGUUGGGCGCCACUUCGGGCAUCGGCGCCGCGCUGGCACGCAAGAUGCUCGACGGCGGCAGCAAGGUGAUCCUCGUAGGCCGACGAAAGGAGCGGCUCGACGAGCUGGCCGGCGGCUACGACGCCUCCAAGGCCGUGCCCGAGGUGUUUGACAUCACGCAGCUCUCUGCGAUCCCGUCGUUUGUCGAGCGCAUCACGCGCGACCAUCCGGACCUCGACUGCGUCGUGCUCAACUCGGGCAUCCAGCGAACCAUGAACUUUGCGCGGCCCGAGACCAUCGACCUGUCGGCGUUUGGCGACGAGUUGACGACCAACUACACGUCCUAUGUCCACCUCACCGUCGCCCUGCUGCCCUUCCUCCAGGCCAAAAAGGAACGGUCGGCCCUCGUCUACACGUCGUCGGGCCUCGCCUUUGCGCCCAUCGUGCCGUGCCCCACCUACUGCAGCACCAAGGCGGCGCUGCACCACUUCCUCCUCGCGCUGCGGCAGCAGCUCAGGGACAACGACUUUGCCCGGAUCCAGGUCGUCGAAAUCUUCCCGCCCGCCGUCCAGACGGAGCUCCACGGUCCAAAGGGCGGCCACAUCGGCAUGCCGCUCGACGACUUCACCGAAAAGGCGUGGGCCGGCCUGCAGCAGGGCCUCGACGAGAUCCCGGUGGGCAUGGCCGAAAAGGCCCACGCCGGCUGGGAGCAGCAGAGGCAGCAGAUGUUUGCCCACAUGCACGGAGAGAUGGAAAAGAGCGGCAUGCUCGGACACCUCUACAACAUCCGCGAUUGA